AUAUAGUCAGAAACUCUUAGAAGCGCUUCCCGAACCUAAAACCGUUUGGAAGUACAUGUUGGCAAUUGCGCAGAUCCCCCGAGGAUCAAACAAGAAGGGAGAGUGCGUGAAUAACAAGCGCAUUACUGCGUUCUUGAAGCAGGCUGCGGAAGAUUUGGGUUGUGAAACCUAUGUCGAUAGUGGAGAAAAUCUGAUUAUCCGCAAGAAGGCCACUCCUGGUUUUGAAGACAAGCCCGUUGUGUGUCUUCAGGGCCAUAUGGAUAUGGUGUGCCAGAAGAGAGAUGACGUGGUGAUCGACUUUUUGAAGGAUCCCAUUCUCCCUCGCAUUGAUGGAGAGUACUUGAAGGCCACGGGUACUUCUCUCGGCGGAGACGAUGGAAUCGGCGUCGCCACCUGUUUUGCUAUCUUGGAGAACUCCGAGCUGCAGCACGGACCCCUGGAGGUGCUCAUUACUCGCGAUGAGGAAAUCGGACUGAUUGGAGCUGCGAACUUGGAGCCCGGCAUUCUGAAGGCCAAGUACAUGAUCAACGUGGACUCGGAGGAGCAGAACGCGGUGUGCAUUGGCUGCGCUGGUUCGUUCACUCUGGAAAUGACGAUGCCGACGACGCGUGUUGCAGCGGAAGGCAUGGUGCUGCGCGAGAUCGUUCUCAACAACUUCAUCGGAGGCCACUCGGGAUGCGAUAUCCAUCUGGGUCGCGCGCAUCCUCUGGUGACGCUGGGCCGUUUGCUCAUGAGCGCCGAUGACUGCGGAAGCCGGAUUGUGUCGAUCGAGUGCGGAACGGUCCGCAACGCGAUUCCUCGCAAGUGCGUCGCCGUGAUGGCGGUGCCCGCAGAGAAGGCGGAGGCGUUCGAGAAGGCGAUCCUGACCGAGUUCGGACACUUCAAGCAUGAAUAUGCGCUGAUCGAGAAGGAGCCGACCUGCGAAGUGAGAGAAGUGAAGGACAGCAAGCAGCUGCCGUGCGAUGCGGAGACUUCGCGCCGCUUCCUCAACUUCAUUAACGUGUAUCCGUUCGGAGUGCAGCGGUACUCGCCCGAAUCGCACGACAUUAUCGAGACGUCGGUGAACUGCGGCAUCGUGCAGAUGGUGGAGAACGACGACUUCAUGUUCACGUCGUCGGUGCGCUCUUCGUCCAUGUCGCAGAUGGACAUGAUGUACAACAAGAUCAAGUCGAUUUGCGAGAUGUGCAAGGUCAGCAUGUCCGAGAAGAUGGGUGCCUAUCCCGGAUGGGAGCCCAAUCUCUCCUCGCGUCUCACCAAGAGCAUGAUCAGCGCCUACGAAGAGGUCACUGGCAAGACUCCGCGUGUGUACGCCAUCCAUGCUGGCUUGGAGUGCGGACUGUUCCUCCAGAAGUACCCCGACCUCGACUGCACCUCGGUGGGUCCGGAGCUCAACUUCCCCCAUUCCCCCGACGAACGGCUGCUGAUUUCGAGCGUGGCGCCGCUCUACCAGACGCUGUGCACCUGCCUCAAGAAGCUGUAUGAGUGAGU